UCUUCUACUCAUUUUUAUUAUUAUUUCACAAAAGCUCUCAGCUAUGGGAGAGAGAAACGAAGCAGAAGCUGUAGAGAAGACUUUGGUUCCUCUUUUAAAGUAUCAAAAUGUUGUGGCCGAGGAGGAAGAAGUAGAAAUAAAGAGAGAGAUAUGGAUUGAGACAAGAAAGCUUUGGCGUAUCGUUGGACCAGCCAUAUUCACUAGAGUCACGACCAACUUGAUCUUUGUCAUCACUCAGGCCUUUGCUGGUCACCUCGGCGAGCUUGAACUCGCUUCCAUCUCUAUUGUCAACAACGUCAUCAUCGGCUUUAACUAUAGCCUCUUCAUUGGAAUGGCGACUGCGUUGGAAACGCUUUGCGGUCAAGCCUAUGGGGCAAAGAAGUAUGAGUUGUUUGGAGUGUAUUUGCAGCGAUCUUGGAUUGUUCUCUUCGUGUGCUCCAUUUUGCUACUCCCAAUGUACAUCUUUGCGUCUCCUAUUCUUAAGCUCUUGGGUCAGCCUGACGACAUCGCUGAGCUCUCUGGUGUCAUCUCUCUUUGGGCCAUUCCUACACAUUUCUCAUUUGCCUUCUUUUUCCCUAUCAACCGGUUCCUCCAAUGCCAGCUUAAAAAUUCGGUAAUUGCGAUAUCAUCUGGAGUGGCACUUGUAGUUCACAUAUUUGUGUGCUGGCUUUUUGUAUACGUCCUUAAACUUGGAGUCAUAGGAACCAUCGCUACGGCUAACGUGUCAUGGUGGCUCAAUGUCUUUAUCUUACUUACUUACACCACUUGUGGUGGUUGUCCACUCACUUGGACUGGUUUCUCCACCGAAGCUUUCACCAGACUAUGGGAAUUCACUAAGCUCUCUGCCUAUUCUGGAAUCAUGGUUUGCUUGGAGAAUUGGUAUUAUAGGAUUUUAAUUGUGAUGACUGGAAAUUUGGAGAAUGCAAGAAUUGAUGUAGACUCCAUCUCUAUAUGCAUGUCGAUAAAUGGUUUAGAGAUGAUGGUUCCACUUGCUUUCUUCGCGGGUACCGGGGUACGAGUGGCGAAUGAAUUAGGAGCUGGAAAUGGGAAAAGAGCAAGAUUUGCAAUGAUUGUAUCAGUGACACAAUCGUUAAUCACUGGAGUAUUAUUUACAGUGCUCAUAAUAUUUCUUCUCAACCACAUUAGUUGGAUCUUCUCUUCAAGUGAAACUGUUUUAAAAGCAGUAAAUAAUCUCACUACUCUUUUAGCUUUUGCCAUUCUUCUCAACAGUGUCCAACCGGUUCUUUCCGGUGUUGCGGUUGGUUCUGGUUGGCAAUCACUAGUAGCAUUUAUAAAUUUGGGAUGUUACUAUUGCAUUGGACUUCCACUUGGAUUUGUCAUGGGAUGGAUUCUCAAGUUUGGUGUCAAGGGCAUUUGGGCUGGUAUGAUAUUUGGAGGGACAGCUAUUCAAACUUUGAUAUUGAUUUUUAUUACUAUGAGAUGUGAUUGGGAGAAAGAGGCACAAAAUGCAAGAGUUCGAGUCAAAAAAUGGUCUGUACCAAACGCUAAAAGUUGAAGAGUGUAUUGUAUCUAUAAAUUUUGCAAAAUUUAAUUAUGUUAGUUUGUUUUUUUGUAUUGAAUAACAUAUAUUGUAUGUUGUCAUCUUUAGUCACACAUUAUUGUUUCUUAA